GUACUCCUUCUAAUCCAACAUCAGCCUCGGCCAUCACUUCAGAAUCUAGCACACUGACCUCUGCAGCACCUGUGUCUGAAUCAUCUAACAUGUCUGGGACACACUCAUCCUCGGCCAUCACUUCAGAAUCUAGUACACUGACCUCUGCAGCACCUGUGUCUGAAUCAUCUAACAUGCCUGGGGCACACUCAACCUCAGCCAUCACAUCAGAAUCUAGCACACUGGCCUCUGCAGCACCCAUGUCUGAAUCAUCUAACAUGGCAGGGGCACACUCAACCUCAGUCAUUACAAAUGACACUGCAUUAACCAGUACAUCUGACAAGAUAUAUCACACUGUUCCCAUCUCACUAUCAACUUCUAGCAUCUCAUCAGACAUUACAACACCUAAUUCUGACGAACAGUCUCACACUGUACCCACCUCACAGUCAACUUCUGGUAUCUCAUCAGAAAUUACAGCCCUUAAUUCAGACAAACAUGCUCAAUCUGUUUUCACCCUACUGUCAACCCCUGGCUUGACUUCAGAAACUAUGACUUAUCGUUCUGACCAACAAUCUCACACUGCCCCCAUCUCAAUGUCAGCCUCUGGCAGUGUGUUAGAAACUACAAUUUCUAGUUAUGACCAACAGUCUCAUACUGGUCCCAUCUCACUGUCAACCUCUGGCAUCACUUCUGAAACUACAAGCCUUAGUUCUGACCAACAAUAUCAAACUGUUCCCAUCUCACUAACAACCUCUGGAAUCACAUUGGAAACUAGAACCCUUAAUUAUGGCCAGCAAUAUUACACUACUCCCAUCUCACAGUCAGCCUCUGAUAUUAUGUCAGAUACUACUACCCUUAGUACAGACCAGCAAUCUCACACUGUUUCCAUUCCGCUCUCAACCUCUAGCAUCACUUCAGAAGCUACAAUCUUUAGUUCAGAUCAGCAAUCUUAUACCAUUUCCAACCCUCUGUCAGCUUCUGGCAUCACGUCAGAAACUAUGACCCUUAGUUCUGACCAACAAUCGCACACUGUUUCCAUCUCAAUGCCAACCUCUGACAUCACUUCAGAAACAACAACACUUAGUUCUGACCAACAAUCUCACACUGUCCCCAUCUCAAUGUCAGCCUCUGGCAGUAUAUUAGAAACUACAAUACUUACGUCUGACCAACAAUCUCACACUGUUCCUAUCUCAAUAUCAGACUCUGGCAGUAUAUUAGAAACUACGACCAUUAGUACUGACCAACAAUCUCACACUGGUCCCAUCUCACUGUCAGCCUCAAGCAUCACUUUAGAAACUAUGUCUUUAAGUUCUGACAAACAAUCUCAAUCUGCUUCCAUUUCACUGUCAACCAUUGGCAUCACUUCUGAAACUACAAUCCUUAGUUCUGGCCAACAAUCUCAAACUGUUCCCAUCUCACUGUCAGUCACUGGCACCACUUCAGAAACUAUGACCGUUAGUGCUGAUCAACAACCUCACACUAGCCCCAACUCCCUUUUAACCUCUGGCAUCACUUCAAAAACAACAAUCCUUACUUCAGACCAACAAGCUCACACUGUUCCCAUCUCACUGUCAACCACAAGCAUCAUUUCAGAAACCAUGACUUUAAAUUCUGACCAACAAUCUCAGUCUGCUCCCAUCUCACUGUCAACCUCAGGCAUCACUCCAGAAAUUAUGACUCUAAGUUUUGACCAACAAUCUCAAUCUUCUCCCAUGUCAUUGUCAACUACUGGCAUCACUUCUGAAACUACAAUCCUUAGUUCUGACCAAAAAUCUCAAACUGCUCCCAUCUCACUGUCAACAUCUGGCAUCACUUUGGAAACUACAACCCUUAAUUCUGGCCAACAAUCUCACACUACCCAAAUCUCACUGUCAACCUCUGAUAUUAUGUCAGAUACUACAAUCCUUAGUACUGCCCAACAAUCUCACACUCAUCCUAUCUCACUGUCAGUGACAGGCGUUACUUCAGAAACCAUGGCCCUUAGUUCUGACCAACAAGCCCACACUGUUCCCAUCUCACCGUCAACCCCUGGCAUUACUUCAGAAACCAUGUCCGUCAGUUCUGACCAACAAUCUCACACUAGCCCCACCUCACUGUUAACCUCUAACAUCACUUCAAAAACUACAGUUAUCAAUUCUGACCAACAGUCUCACACUGUUCCCAUCUCACUGUCAACCUCUGUCAUCACUUCAGAAACUACAGCCCUUAGGUUUAGUCAACAAUAUCACACUAGUCCCAUCUUUCUGUCAGCCACAGGCAUCACUUCUGAAACUACAAUAAUUAGUUCUCACCAAAAAUCUCAAACUGCUCCCAUGUCACUGUCAACCACUGGCAUCACUUCAGAAACUACAGUUCUCAGUUCUGACCAGCAAUCUCACACUGUUCCCAUCACACUGUCAACAUCUGGCAUCACUUUGGAACCUACAACACUUAAUUCUGGCCAACAAUCUCACACUACCCAAAUCUCACUGUCAACCUCUGAUAUUAUGUCAGAUACUGCAACCAUUAGUCCUAACCAACAAUCUCACACUGGUCCUAUCUCAUUGUCAGCAACAGGCAUUACUUCAGAAACUAUGCUCCUUAGUUCUGACCAACAAUCUCACACUGUUCCCAUCUCACUGUCAACCUCAGGCAUCACUCCUGAAACUACAACCCUUAGUUCUGCCCGGCAGUCUCAAAUUGUUCCUAUCUCAAUAUCAGCCACUGACAUCACUUUUGAAACUACAACACUUAGUUCUGAACAAGAAUCUCACACUGUUCCCAUCUCACUGUCAACCUCAGGCAUCACUUCAGAAACUAUGGCCCUUACUUCUGACCAACAAUCUCAAACUGUUUCCAUCUCACUGUCAACUACUGGCAUCACUUCUGGAACUACAAUCUUUACUUCUGACCAAAAAUCUCAAACUGCUCCAAUGUCACUGUCAACUACUGGCAUCACUUCAGAAAUUACAAUUCUCAGUUCUGACCAGCAAUCUCACACUGUUCCCAUCUCACUGUCAACAUCUGGCAUCACUGUGGAAACUACAACCCUUAAUCCUGGCCAACAAUCUCACACUACCCAAACCUCACUGUCAACCCCUGAUAUUAUGUCAGAUACUACAAUCCUUAGUACUGCCCAACAAUCUCAAACUGGUCCUAUCUCACUGUCAGUGACAGACAUUACUUCAGAAACUAUGCCACUUAGUUCUAACCAACAAUCCCACACUGUUCCCAUCUCCCUGUCAAUAUCUGGCAUCACUUCAAAAACUACAGUUUUCAAUUCUGACCAACAAUCUCACACUGUUCCCAUCUCACUGUCGACCUCUGCCAUCACUUCAGAAACUAUAGCCCUUAGUUCCAGCCAACAAUAUCACACUAUACCAGUCUCUCUGUCAGCCUUUGCCAUUACUUCAGAAACUAUACCCCUUAGUUCUGACCAACAAUCUCACACUGCUCCCAUCUCACUGUCAACCUCUGGCAUCACUUCAGAAACUACAGCCCUUAGUUCUAGCCAACAAUAUCACACUAGUCCCAUCUCUCUGUCAGCCACAGGCAUCACUUCAGAAACAACAACACUUAGUUCUGACCAGCAAUCUCACACUGUCCCCAUCUCAAUGUCAGCCUCUGGCAGUAUAUUACAAACUACAACACUUACGUCUGACCAACAAUCUCACACUGUUCCCAUCUCAAUAUCAGCCUCUGGCAGUAUAUUAGAGAUUACGACCAUUGGUACUGACCAACAAUCUCACACUGGUCCCAUCUCACUGUCAGCCUCAAGCAUCACUUCAGAAACUAUGUCUUUAAGUUCUGACAAACAAUCUCAAUCUGCUUCCAUUUCACUGUCAACCAUUGGCAUCACUUCUGAAACUACAAUCCUUAGUUCUGGCCAACAAUCUCAAACUGUUCCCAUCUCACUGUCAGUCACUGGCGCCACUUCAGAAACUAUGACUGUUAGUGCUGAUCAACAACCUCACACUAGCCCAAACUCCCUUUUAACCUCUGGCAUCACUUCAAAAACAACAAUCCUUAUUUCAGACCAACAAGCUCACACUGUUCCCAUCUCACUGUCAACCUCAGGCAGCAUUUCAGAAACCAUUACUCUAAAUUCUGACCAACAAUCUCAGUCUGCUCCCAUCUCACUGUCAACCUCAGGCAUCACUCCAGAAAUUAUGACUCUAAGUUCUGACCAACGAUCUCAAUCUUCUCCCAUCUCACUGUCAACUACUGGCAUCACUUCUGAAACUACAAUCCUUAGUUCUGACCAAAAAUCUCAAACUUCUCCCAUGUCACUGUCAACCACUGGCAUCACUUCAGAAACUACAAUUCUCAGUUCUGACCAGCAAUCUCACACUGUUCCCAUCUCACUGUCAACAUCUGGCAUCAUUUUGGAAACUACAACCCUUAAUUCUGGCCAACAAUCUCACACUACCCAAAUCUCACUGUCAACCUCUGAUAUUAUGUCAGAUACUACAAUCCUUAGUACUGCCCAACAAUCUCACACUCAUCAUAUCUCACUGUCAGUGGCAGGCGUUACUUCAGAAACCAUGGCCCUUAGUUCUGACCAACAAGCCCACACUGUUCCCAUCUCACCGUCAACCCCUGGCAUUACUUCAGAAACCAUGUCCCUCAGUUCUGACCAACAAUCUCACACUAGCCCCACCUCACUGUUAACCUCUAACAUCACUUCAAAAACUACAGUUAUCAAUUCUGACCAACAGUCUCACACUGUUCCCAUCUCACUGUCAACCUCUGUCAUCACUUCAGAAACUACAGCCCUUAGGUUUAGCCAACAAUAUCACACUAGUCCCAUCUUUCUGUCAGCCACAGGCAUCACUUCUGAAACUACAAUAAUUAGUUCUCACCAAAAAUCUCAAACUGCUCCCAUGUCACUGUCAACCACUGGCAUCACUUCAGAAACUACAGUUCUCAGUUCUGACCAGCAAUCUCACACUGUUCCCAUCUCACUGUCAACAUCUGGCAUCACUUUGGAACCUACAAUACUUAAUUCUGGCCAACAAUCUCACACUACCCAAAUCUCACUGUCAAUCUCUGAUAUUAUGUCAGAUACUACAACCAUUAGUCCUAACCAACAAUCUCACACUGGUCCUAUCUCACUGUCAGCAACAGGCAUUACUUCAGAAACUAUGCUCCUUAGUUCUAACCAACAAUCUCACACUGUUCCCAUCUCACUGUCAACCUCAGGCAUCACUCCUGAAACUACAACCCUUAGUUCUGCCCGGCAGUCUCAAAUUGUUCCUAUCUCAAUGUCAGCCACUGACAUCACUUUUGAAACUACAACACUUAGUUCUGAACAAGAAUCUCACACUGUUCCCAUCUCACUGUCAACCUCAGGCAUCACUUCAGAAACUAUGGCCCUUACUUCUGACCAACAAUCUCAAACUGUUUCCAUCUCACUGUCAACUACUGGCAUCACUUCUGGAACUACAAUCUUUACUUCUGACCAAAAAUCUCAAACUGCUCCAAUGUCACUGUCAACUACUGGCAUCACUUCAGAAAUUACAAUUCUCAGUUCUGACCAGCAAUCUCACACUGUUCCCAUCUCACUGUCAACAUCUGGCAUCACUGCGGAAACUACAACCCUUAAUUCUGGCCAACAAUCUCACACUACCCAAACCUCACUGUCAACCUCUGAUAUUAUGUCAGAUACUACAAUCCUUAGUACUGCCCAACAAUCUCAUACUGGUCCUAUCUCACUGUCAGUGACAGACAUUACUUCAGAAACUAUGCCACUUAGUUCUAACCAACAAUCCCCCACUGUUCCCAUCUCCCUGUCAAUAUCUGGCAUCACUUCAAAAACUACAGUUUUCAAUUCUGACCAACAAUCUCACACUGUUCCCAUCUCACUGUCAACCUCUGCCAUCACUUCAGAAACUGUAGCCCUUAGUUCCAGCCAACAGUAUCACACUAUACCAGUCUCUCUGUCAGCCUUUGCCAUUACUUCAGAAACUAUACCCCUUAGUUCUGACCAACAAUCUCACACUGCUCCCAUCUCACUGUCAACCUCUGGCAUCACUUCAGAAACUACAGCCCUUAGUUCUAGCCAACAAUAUCACACUAGUCCCAUCUCUCUGUCAGCCACAGGCAUCACUUCAGAAACAACAACACUUAGUUCUGACCAACAAUCUCACACUGUCCCCAUCUCAAUGACAGCCUCUGGCAAUAUAUUAGAAACUACAACACUUACGUCUGACCAACAAUCUCACACUGUUCCCAUCUCAAUAUCAGCCUCUGGCAGUAUAUUAGAAACUACGACCAUUAGUACUGACCAACAAUCUCACACUGGUCCCAUCUCACUGUCAGCCUCAAGCAUCACUUCAGAAACUAUGUCUUUAAGUUCUGACAAACAAUCUCAAUCUGCUUCCAUUUCACUGUCAACCAUUGGCAUCACUUCUGAAACUACAAUCCUUAGUUCUGGCCAACAAUCUCAAACUGUUCCCAUCUCACUGUCAGUCACUGGCACCACUUCAGAAACUAUGACUGUUAGUGCUGAUGAACAACCUCACACUAGCCCAAACUCCCUUUUAACCUCUGGCAUCACUUCAAAAACAACAAUCCUUAUUUCAGACCAACAAGCUCACACUGUUCCCAUCUCACUGUCAACCUCAGGCAGCAUUUCAGAAACCAUUACUCUAAAUUCUGACCAACAAUCUCAGUCUGCUCCCAUCUCACUGUCAACCUCAGGCAUCACUCCAGAAAUUAUGACUCUAAGUUCUGACCAACGAUCUCAAUCUUCUACCAUCUCACUGUCAACUACUGGCAUCACUUCUGAAACUACAAUCCUUAGUUCUGACCAAAAAUCUCAAACUGCUCCCAUGUCACUGUCAACCACUGGCAUCACUUCAGAAACUACAAUUCUCAGUUCUGACCAGCAAUCUCACACUGUUCCCAUCUCACUGUCAACAUCUGGCAUCAUUUUGGAAACUACAACCCUUAAUUCUGGCCAACAAUCUCACACUACCCAAAUCUCACUGUCAACCUCUGAUAUUAUGUCAGAUACUACAAUCCUUAGUACUGCCCAACAAUCUCACACUCAUCCUAUCUCACUGUCAGUGACAGGCGUUACUUCAGAAACCAUGGCCCUUAGUUCUGACCAACAAGCCCACACUGUUCCCAUCUCACCGUCAACCCCUGGCAUUACAUCAGAAACCAUGUCCCUCAGUUCUGACCAACAAUCUCACACUAGCCCCACCUCACUGUUAACCUCUAACAUCACUUCAAAAACUACAGUUAUCAAUUCUGACCAACAGUCUCACACUGUUCCCAUCUCACUGUCAACCUCUGUCAUCACUUCAGAAACUACAGCCCUUAGGUUUAGCCAACAAUAUCACACUAGUCCCAUCGUUCUGUCAGCCACAGGCAUCACUUCUGAAACUACAAUAAUUAGUUCUCACCAAAAAUCUCAAACUGCUCCCAUGUCACUGUCAACCACUGGCAUCACUUCAGAAACUACAGUUCUCAGUUCUGACCAGCAAUCUCACACUGUUCCCAUCUCACUGUCAACAUCUGGCAUCACUUUGGAACCUACAACACUUAAUUCUGGCCAACAAUCUCACACUACCCAAAUCUCACUGUCAGCCUCUGAUAUUAUGUCAGAUACUACAACCAUUAGUCCUAACCAACAAUCUCACACUGGUCCUAUCUCACUGUCAGCAACAGGCAUUACUUCAGAAACUAUGCUCCUUAGUUCUGACCAACAAUCUCACACUGUUCCCAUCUCACUGUCAACCUCAGGCAUCACUCCUGAAACUACAACCCUUAGUUCUGCCCGGCAGUCUCAAAUUGUUCCUAUCUCAAUGUCAGCCACUGACAUCACUUUUGAAACUACAACACUUAGUUCUGAACAAGAAUCUCACACUGUUCCCAUCUCACUGUCAACCUCAGGCAUCACUUCAGAAACUAUGGCCCUUACUUCUGACCAACAAUCUCAAACUGUUUCCAUCUCACUGUCAACUACUGGUAUCACUUCUGGAACUACAAUCUUUACUUCUGACCAAAAAUCUCAAACUGCUCCAAUGUCACUGUCAACUACUGGCAUCACUUCAGAAAUUACAAUUCUCAGUUCUGACCAGCAAUCUCACAUUGUUCCCAUCUCACUGUCAACAUCUGGCAUCACUGUGGAAACUACAACCCUUAAUUCUGGCCAACAAUCUCACACUACCCAAACCUCACUGUCAACCUCUGAUAUUAUGUCAGAUACUACAAUCCUUAGUACUGCCCAACAAUCUCAAACUGGUCCUAUCUCACUGUCAGUGACAGACAUUACUUCAGAAACUAUGCCACUUAGUUCUAACCAACAAUCCCACACUGUUCCCAUCUCCCAGUCAAUAUCUGGCAUCACUUCAAAAACUACAGUUUUCAAUUCUGACCAACAAUCUCACACUGUUCCCAUCUCACUGUCAACCUCUGCCAUCACUUCAGAAACUAUAGCCCUUAGUUCCAGCCAACAAUAUCACACUAUACCAGUCUCUCUGUCAGCCUUUGCCAUUACUUCAGAAACUAUACCCCUUAGUUCUGACCAACAAUCUCACACUGCUCCCAUCUCACUGUCAACCUCUGGCAUCACUUCAGAAACUACAGCCCUUAGUUCUAGCCAACAAUAUCACACUAGUCCCAUCUCUCUGUCAGCCACAGGCAUCACUUCAGAAACAACAACACUUAGUUCUGACCAACAAUCUCACACUGUCCCCAUCUCAAUGUCAGCCUCUGGCAGUAUAUUACAAACUACAACACUUACGUCUGACCAACAAUCUCACACUGGUCCCAUCUCACUCUCAGCCUCAAGCAUCACUUCAGAAACUAUGUCUUUAAGUUCUGACAAACAAUCUCAAUCUGCUUCCAGUUCACUGUCAACCAUUGGCAUCACUUCUGAAACUACAAUUCUUAGUUCUGGCCAACAAUCUCAAACUGUUCCCAUCUCACUGUCAGUCACUGGCACCACUUCAGAAACUAUGACUGUUAGUGCUGUUCAACAACCUCACACUAGCCCCAACUCCCUUUUAACCUCUGGCAUCACUUCAAAAACAACAAUCCUUAUUUCAGACCAACAAGCUCACACUGUUCCCAUCUCACUGUCAACCUCAGGCAGCAUUUCAGAAACCAUUACUCUAAAUUCUGACCAACAAUCUCAGUCUGCUCCCAUCUCACUGUCAACCUCAGGCAUCACUCCAGAAAUUAUGACUCUAAGUUCUGACCAACGAUCUCAAUCUUCUCCCAUCUCACUGUCAACUACUGGCAUCACUUCUGAAACUACAAUCCUUAGUUCUGACCAAAAAUCUCAAACUGCUCCCAUGUCACUGUCAACCACUGGCAUCACUUCAGAAACUACAAUUCUCAGUUCUGACCAGCAAUCUCACACUGUUCCCGUCUCACUGUCAACAUCUGGCAUCAUUUUGGAAACUACAACCCUUAAUUCUGGCCAACAAUCUCACACUACCCAAAUCUCACUGUCAACAUCUGAUAUUAUGUCAGAUACUACAAUCCUUAGUACUGCCCAACAAUCUCACACUGGUCCUAUCUUACUGUCAGUGACAGGCAUUACUUCAGAAACUAUGCCCCUUAGCUCUGACCAACAAUCUCACACUGUUCCCAUCUCACUGUCAACCUCAGGCAUCACUCCUGAAACUACAACCCUUAGUUCUGCCCGGCAGUCUCAAACUGUUCCUAUCUCACUGUCAGCCACUGGCAUCACUUUUGAAACUGCAACACUCAGUUCUGAACAAGAAUCUCACACUGUUCCCAUCUCACUGUCAACCUCAGGCAUCACUUCAGAAACUAUGGCCCUAACUUCUGACCAACAAUCUCAAACUGUUUCCAUCUCACUGUCAACUACUGGCAUCACUUUUGAAACUACAACACUUAGUUCUGAACAACAAUCUCACACUGGACUCAUGACUCUGUCAACCACUAGCAUCAAUUCAGAAACCAUGGCCCUUAGUUCUGACCAACAAUCUCAUACUAGUGCCAUCUCACUGUCACCCACUAAUAACAUUUCUGAAACUACAACCCUUAGUUCUGACCAACAAUCUCAAACUGCCCCCAUCUCAUUGUCAGCCACUGGCAUUACUUCAGAAACUAUGCCCCCUAGUUCUGACCAACAAUCUAUCACUACUCCCAUCUUACUGUCAACCUCUGGCAUCACUUCAGAUACUACAGCCCUUAGUUCUGACCAACAAUAUCACACUACUCCCAUCUCUCUGUCAGCCACAGGCAUCACUUCAAAAACAACAACACUUAGUUCUGACCAACAAUCUCAUACUGUCCCCAUCUCAGUGUCAGCCUCUGGCAGUAUAUUAGAAACUACAACACUUACUUCUGACCAACAAUCUCACACUGUUCCCAUCUCAAUAUCAGCCUCUGGCAGUAUAUUAGAAACUACGACCAUUAGUACUGACCAACAAUCUCACACUGGUCCCAUCUCACUGUCAGCCUCAAGCAUCACUUCAGAAACUAUGUCUUUAAGUUCUGACAAACAAUCUCAAUCUGCUUCCAGUUCACUGUCAACCAUUGGCAUCACUUCUGAAAAUACAAUCCUUAGUUCUGGCCAACAAUCUCAAACUGUUCCCAUCUCACUGUCAGUCACUGGCACCACUUCAGAAACUAUGACCGUUAGUGCUGAUCAACAGCCUCACACUAGCCCCAACUCCCUUUUAACCUCUGGCAUCACUUCAAAAACAACAAUCCUUAUUUCAGACCAACAAGCUCACACUGUUCCCAUCUCACUGUCAACCUCAGGCAGCACUUCAGAAAUUAUGACUCUAAGUUCUGACCAACAAUCUCAAUCUUCUCCCAUCUCACUGUCAACUAAUGGCAUCAUUUCUGAAACUACAAUCCUUAGUUCUGACCAAAAAUCUCAAACUGCUCCCAUGUCACCGUCAACCACUGACAUCACUUCAGAAACUACAAUUCUCAGUUCUGACCAGCAAUCUCACACUGUUCCCAUCUCACUGUCAACAUCUGGCAUCAUUUUGGAAACUACAACCCUUAAUUCUGGCCAACAAUCUCACACUACCCAAAUCUCACUGUCAACCUCUGAUAUUAUGUCAGAUACUACAAUCCUUAGUACUGCCCAACAAUCUCACACUGGUCCUAUCUCACUGUCAGUGACAGGCAUUACUUCAGAAACUAUGCCCCUUAGCUCUGACCAACAAUCUCACACUGUUCCCAUCUCACUGUCAACCUCAAGCAUCACUCCUGAAACUACAACCCUUAGUUCUGCCCGGCAGUCUCAAACUGUUCCUAUCUCACUGUCAGCCACUGGCAUCACUUUUGAAACUACAACACUCAGUUCUGAACAAGAAUCUCACACUGUUCCCAUCUCACUGUCAACCUCAGGAAUCACUUCAGAAACUAUGGCCCUUACUUCUGACCAACAAUCUCAAACUGUUGCCAUCUCACUGUCAACUACUGGCAUCACUUUUGAAACUACAACACUUAGCUCUGAACAACAAUCUCAAACUGCCCCUAUCUCAUUGUCAACCACUGGCAUUACUUCAGAAACAAUGGCCCUUAGUUCUGACCAACAAUCGCAUACUAGUGCCAUCUCACUGUUGACCUCUGGCAUCACCUCAGAAACUGCAAUCCUUAGUUCUGACCGACAAUCUCAAACUGUCCCUAUCUCUUUGUCAACCACUGGCAUUACUUCAGAAACAAUGGCCCUUAGUUCUGACCAACAAUCUCAUACUAGUGCCAUCUCACUGUUAACCUCAGGCAUCACUUCAAAAACUACAAUCCUUAGUUCUGACCAACAAUCUCAAUCUGCUCCCAUCUCACUGUCAACCAGUGGCAUCACUUCUGAAACUACAAUCUUUACUUCUGACCAAAAAUCUCAAACUGUUCCCAUCUCAUGGUCAACCAGUGUCAUCAUUCCUGAAACUAUGACCUUUAGUUCUGGCCAACAAUCUCACACUACUCCCAUCUCACUGUCAACCUCUGAUAUUAUGUCAAAUACUACAGCCCUUAGUACUGGCCAGCAAUCUCACACAGGUCCUAUCUCACUGUCAACCACUGGCCUCACUUCAGAAACUAUGACACUUACCUCUGGCCAACAGUCUCACACUGUUUCCAUCACACUGUUAACCACUGCCAUCGCUUCAGAAACUACAGCCCUUAGUUCUGACCAACAACAUCACACUAGUCCAAUCUCUCUGUCAGCCACUGGCAUUACUUCAAAAGCUAUGCCCCUUAGCUCUGUCCAAAAAUCUCACGCUGUUCCCAUCUCACAGUCAACUCCUGGAUUCACUUCAGAAACUAUGUUUAGUUCUGACCAAACAUCUCACACUAUUCCCAUCUCACUGUCAACCCAGAGCAUCACUUCAGAAACCAUGGCCCUUAAUUCUGACCAACAAUUUCACACUGGUUCCAUCUCACUGUUAACCUCUGGCAUCACUUCAAGAACUACAAUCUUUAGUUCUGACCAACAAUCUCACACUGUUCCCAUCUCACUGUCAACCUCAGUCAUGGCUUCAGGAAAUAUGACUCUAAGUUCUGACAAACCAUCUCAAUCUGCUCCCAUCUCACUGUCCACUAGUGGCAUCACUCCUGAAACUACAACCCUUAGUUCUGACCAACAGUCUCAAACUGUUCUUAUCUCACUGUCAACCACUGGCAUAAUUUCGAAAACUACAACACUUAGUUCUGAACAAGAAUCUAAAACUGUUCCCAUCUCACUGUCAACCUCAGGCAUCACUUCAGAAACUAUGCCCCUUACUUUGGACCAACAAUCUCAAUCUACUCCCAUCUCAUUGUCAACCUCAGGCAUCACUUCAGAAACUAUGCCCCUUACUUUGGACCAACAAUCUCAAUCUACUCCCAUCUCAUUGUCAACCUCAGGCAUCACUUCAGAAACUAUGCCCCUUACUUUGGACCAACAAUCUCAAUCUACUCCCAUCUCAUUGUCAACCUCAGGCAUCACUUCAGAAAUUAUGACUCUAAGCUCUGACCGACAAUCUCAAUCUUCUCCCAUCUCACUGUCACCCACUAAUAAUAUUUCUGAAACUACAACCUUUAGUUCGGACCAACAAUCUCAAACUGCCCCCAUCCCAUUGUCAACCACUGGCAUUACUUCAGAAACAAUGGCCCUUAGUUCAGACCAACAAUCUCACACUGUUUCCAUCUCUCUGUCAACCACUGGCAUCACUUCAGAAACCAUGGCCCUUAGUUCUUACCAACAAUCUCACACUGGUCCCAUCUCACUGUCAACCAGUGGCAUCACGUCUGAAACUACAACCCUUAGUUCUGACCAAGAAUCGCAUACUGGUCCCAUCUCAUUGUCAACCAAUGGCAUCACUUCUGAAACUACAAUCCUUACUUCUGACCAACAAUCUCACACUCCUUCCAUCUCACUGUCACCCACUAAUAUAAUUUCUGAAACUACAACCCUUAGGUCUGACCAACAAUCUCAAACUGCCCCCAUCUCAUUGUCAGCCACUGGCAUUACUUCAGAAACAAUGCCCCUUAGUACUGACCAACAAUCUCACACUGGACUCAUGACUCUGUCAAACACUGGCAUCACUUUAGAAACCAUGGCCCUUAGUUCUGACCAACAAUCUCAUACUAGUGCCAUCUCACUGUUAACCUCAGGCAUCACUUCUGAAACUACAACCAUUACUUCUGACCAACAAUUCCAUACUGAUCCCAUCUCUCUGUCAACUCCAGGCAUCACUUCAGAAACCAUGGCCCUUAGUUCUGGCAAACAAUCUCACACUGUUUCCAUCUCACUGUUGACCUCUGGCAUCACUUCAGAAACUACAAUCCUUAGUUCUGAACAACAAUCUCACAUUAUUCCCAUCUCACUGUCACCCACAGGCAUCACUUCUGAAACUAUGCUCCUUAGUUCAGACCAACAAUCUCAGUCUGCUCCCAUCUCACUGUCAACCUCAGGCAUCACUUCAGAAAUUAUGACUCUAAGCUCUGACCGACAAUCUCACACUACUCCCAUCUCACUGUCACCCAUUAAUAUAAUUUCUGAAACUACAACCCUUAGUUCUGACCAACAAUCUCAAACUACCCCCAUCUCAUUGUCAGCCACUGGCAUUGCUUCAGAAACAAUGCCCCUUAGUUCUGACCAACAAUCUCACACUGGUCCCAUCUCUCUGUCAACCACUGGCAUCACUUCAGAAAAAAUGGCCCUUAGUUCUGACCAACAAUCUCACACUGGUCCCAUCUCUCUGUCGAUCACUGGUAUCACUUCAGAAACUACAGCCCUUAGUUCUGCAACAUUCAUAUCAGAAAAAUCCAGCAUGGCAGAGGUGGAGACAAUAUCAGCUCUUACAUCUAUAACUGGAUAUGUGAAUACCACAGUGUCAAUCAAUGCAUCUGCCAGCUUUGUAGAAAGCAGCAUACAGACUUCUGCAACAUCUCCAUCAUUACAAACAGUGUUUACGACACCUGAAGCAUCAUCUACAGCAGCUGUUACAGUUACAAACAGCAGCACUAGGCUCAUUACCCACUCAGGCAGAACUACUACAGAGAAAUCUACAGCAAUGACUUCUAUCACUUUAAUUUCAGAAGGUACUGUUUCUCCAAAAACACACUCAGACUCAGUACCCACUCCUGAAACUGCAUCUUCCAUUGCUACUAUUCCUGAGCAAGCCACAACAAAAUCAACAGUAUUGCUAACUAGUGCUACCGCUGUAAAAGGUUCAGCAAUUAAUUCUAUGACAUCAGAGUCAGUGAAGUUUUCUCCAGAAGCAACACAGACCUCUGUAUUUUCAACACAGCCAACAUCUGCCUCUGUAACUGUUAUUUCAGGAACCAGUCAAGUAUCUGAGUCAUCAUCAAAUGCUGCUGUCAACAUGGGAACCACAAAAAUAAAUUUAGGAACAUCUGAAUCUGAAAUCAUUACUACUACGCAAUUCUCAUCCACAUCUAUUCCUCAGCCAGGAACUGGAUUUUCCACUGCUAGUACAACAUUAGAAGUCCGUUCUGAGUCAUUCACUUCAUCACAAUUUUCUGUGUCAGUAUCAGCAACAGCAUCUACCCCUGUUUCUACAGUAGCCACAAACAUACCACAAAGUAAAGAUACAGCUCCUCUCACUACUUCAGCAGUUAUGCUGCCUGACAGCUCUUUUCAGCCAGAAAGAAGCAGUUCAUCAAAUGGUAUUGAUUCUACCAAGACAACUGCCAUGGACAUAAUGGUUGUAACAUCACCAAUGUCCACUAUGGAGACCACUUCUACACCGAUCACAUUAUCAUUAGUAACACUUGGACCUUCUGUUUCAGAAAGUAGUGCAUUCACUACCACUGAAACUAUGAGUGUGCAUAGUUCUCAACUCAGUAGUUCUACAGUGGCAGCAGACACAUCAUCAUCACCAUCUGUUACUUCAAAAACAAAGACAAGCCUUCUUCCAACUGUGCUUGUAAGCACAUCAUAUCAGCCAGCUUCGCAAGGUACAAGUACAGUAUCUCAGCCACUAUCUACUUCAGCAGUCAGUGAUGAAUUCACGACUCAUGUGGCCAUGAUUCCUUUAACUAGUAGCACAUCAUCCUCCUUUACUUCACCACCUGUCUCAGAAGCAACAUCUACAUUCCUCUCACAGACAAGUGAAGCAAUUCAGCAUACUUCUUUAUCAAGCAUGUUGCCAGAGCCUACUAGUGUCAUAACUUCAGAAGGACAGGUGCCACUGGUGACAAAUUCUGAAGGAACUGCACAGGGAACAGCUAAGACCACAAACAUCAUGGAAUCUCCUGCUUCGUAUGAAUCUGUGACAUCAUCCACUUCAUUUCGGUCUGUUGCCUACAGUAGUACACUAAAUGUCAAGACAGCCACAUCAGAAAAUGCACUGACAACAGCCAAGCAGAAUGCAGUGUCAGAAACUACUGUAAGUGUAGUAGACAGUACCACAUUGUCCACUGAAACAAUGCCAGUCCCUACAUCCAACUCAACAAACAUCAAAACUGUUUCUACCAAAGCAGUUUUAUCAGAUACAACACUAGCACUGCUGACCACAUCACUAGUAAAUGCCACGGAAACUGCACCAUUUAUAAGAACUUCAAUUGCAGCUCUUGAGCAAACAUCUCAAUCUGCAUCUACAACACUUACUGGAGAGAUACUAGUAACAACAGCUAUAACACCCACAAGUACUACAGGCACACCUCUGACCACUGUUGCUACUAGUGUGCCAGAUACAGUGCAUAGCACCACUGCAGCUGUAUCGCUAACAAGCACAUUAGCCACUGACACAGCAGGUUCCAGUUCUGCUGCAGGUUUAGUAACAAGUUCUGCUACAUCCAGAGCAGGGGUAUUUCUAACAACCAGCAUUAUUAGUAUAUCCCAAGGAACAGACAUUCCAAGUUUACAUUCUGAAACAAGUGCAGCCGCUUUACCAUCUACUUCUAGUAUCACUCCAGUAACUCCAACAGUUAUGACUACAACAAGCACUGUUUCUAUUUAUCCUGAGAAAAACAGUACCAGCAUACUUGCAACUUCAUCCAUGACAGCAAACACAACAGCCAUAAUUGCAGAAAUAACCACAGAAUCUACCAGUGUAUCAGUAGUCACCAUACCAACACUUCCGGGAACAGUCACUACAACUCUUACACCUGCAACAACUAUUUCAGCUGUAGUCUCAACAAACACUUCAGGUAUAACUCCUGCAAGCCCUUCAGUUUCUCAUACAGCCGAAAUCACUGGCAGCACAGCUGAGAUCACUAAUGGAGUGGUACCUUCAACCACAUUCUCUUCUGAAGGCACUCCUUUAACAGAAAGAACUGUAUACACAAAUAGAGAAACAGUCAGACAGUCUACAGGUGUGUUACAACCAGUAAUAUCAACUACCCAGAGUGUAACUGACACAACUAUAUUGACAUCCACCGGUACUGCACAGACUGAAAUUACUACCAUCAUUCCGGCAGGAGUAACUUCAGAAACAACUGGACAGCAAUCCACAUUUGUACCCCAUGAUACAGAAACUACAGUUACUACAACUAGUGAAACAACAGCUACAAGUAAUAGCACAGACACACCUUCAACAACCACCACAAGUUAUUCCCAAGCAACAUCUACUAGUGUUAUGGUAUCCACAAUCACUGCAUUUGGAAAUUCUACUAGCGUAAUGUCAACCAUUUUGAGUAAUGCUGUUGUGACAAGCCUCUCUGAAACUACAAUUAAUGAUACAAACACCCCAACUAUAACUGUAAUGACACCUGCACUGAGCACCAUUGUCCCUGAAACAUCCACUACAAUGUCUGUAAAUAAAAAUUCUGCAAAUACUGAUACAAACCUUUCAAAUAACACAACUAUUAUUACCACUUCUGCACUUACCCAUGAAAAACUGAGCACAGCAGUAACAACAAAUGAAGCUGCUACACCCAGAAUCACAGUUUCACUUUCUACAAGUACCACUACUUCUUCCAACAGUAGUCUUCAAACCCCAAGUGCACCCAUAAUUGGUGCAACUAGCCUUACAAGCAGUGCUACUAUUUUUGCAAAAUCUACAUUGAGCCAAUUAGUAAUGACAAGUACAAGCACUACUAGUGUGACAGAAUCUUUCACAACUGGGACCAUUUUCACUAACCUUUCAAGUUAUACUCAUACCCCCAUAAACACCACAGGGAGCACUACAACCACAGCCAGUAGCAGUGUCACUAAUCCUUCAUCUUACACUAAUACACUGUUAAAUACCACAGAGGCCUCUAUAAACACAGCCACUGCAAACACUACCAGUGUCACUAUCCCUUCAUCUUACACUAAUACACUAGUAAGCACCACUGAGAGCCCUCCAACAAAGACCAGUACGAACAUGACCAGCAUCACUAAUUAUUCAUCUACAAAUACUGCUGCAAGCACUACAGAGAGUCCCUCAAUUAUUACCACUGCAAACAUUGUCAGUGUCACUAAUCCUUCAAAUUCCACUAACACCCCUAUAAGGACCACAGGGCACCCUAUAACCACAGCCAGUGCAAACACAACAAGUGUCAAUAACCCCUCUUCUACUAACAAUACUGUAAGCUCUACAGGGGGCCUUAUAACAAUGACCAAUACAAAUACCGUCACUGCAUCUAAUCCUCCAGUCUCCACUAAUAUCCCUUUAAGCACUACAGAGAACUCAUUAAACAUGACUACAGAAAACACUACCAUUAUCAGUAACCCUUCAUAUUUCACUAAUACACUAUUAAGUACACAAGAGGUCCCUAUAACCACAGCCAGUACAAAUACUACCAGUGUCACUAACCCUUCCUCUUACACUAAUACUGUAUUAAGUACCAAAGAAGCCCCUAUAACCACAGCCAGUAGAAAUACUACCAAUGUAACUAACUCUUCAUCUUACACUAAUACACUUUUAAGUACCACAGAGCCCUCUAUGACCACAGCCAGUACAAAUACUACCAGUGUCACUAACCCUUCAUCUUACACUAAUACUGUAAUAAGUGCCACAGAAGCCCCUAUAACCACAGCCAGUGCAAAUACUACCAGUGUCACUAACCCUUUAUCUUACACUAAUACAAUUUUAAGUACCACAGAGGUCUCUAUGACCAAAGCCAGUACAAAUACUACCAGUGUCACUAACCCUUCAUCUUAUACAUAUAAUGUAUUAAGUACCACAGAAGCCCCUACAGCUACAGCCAGUACAAACUUCACCAGUGUCACUAACCCUUCAUCUUACACUAAUACAAUUUUAGGUACCACAGAGGCCUCUAUGACCAUACCCAGUACAAAUACUACCAGUGUCACUAACCCAUCAUCUUACACUAAUACUGUAUUAAGUACCACAGAACCCCCUAUAACUACAGCCAGUACAAACAUUACCAGUGUCACUAACCCUUCAUCUUACACUAAUAUAGUUUUAAGUACCACAGAGGCCUCUAUAACCACAACCAGUACAUAUACUACUAGUGCCACUAACCCUUCAUCUUACACUAAUAAAAUGUUCAGUACCACAAAGGCCUCUAUAACCACAGGCAGGGCAAAUACAUCCAGUGUCACAAACUCUUCAUCAUACACUAAUAUACCAGUAAGCACCACUGAGGGACCUACAACCAUGAACAGUACAAACAUGACCAGUGCCACUAAUUAUUCAACUUCUAGAAAUACUCCUGCAAGCAAUACAGAGAGUGCCUUAAUAAUUACCACUGCAACCAUUACCAGUGUCACUAACUCUUCACUUUCCACUAAUACCCCUAUAAUCAUCACAGGAGGCCCUAUAACUGCAACCAGUAUAAACACUACGAAUGUAACUAACCCUUCACUUUCCACUAAUACUCCUGUAAGCACUACAGGGGCAAAUAUAACCAUGGCCAGUACAAACACGAUUAUUACUAACCCCUCAACGUCUUCUAAUAACACUAUCAGCUCUGCAGUGAUAGUCAGUGAAUCUAAUCCUUCAGUUUCCACUAAUAUCCCUUUAAACACCACAGAGAACACCUUAACAAUUACUAGUGAAAACACUACCAUUGUCACUAAUCCCUCGUAUUUCACUAAUACACUAUUAAGUACCAGAGAGGUCCCUAUAACCACAUCCAGUAUAAAUAGUACCAAUGUCUCUAUCCCUUCAUAUUAUACUAAUACAAUAUUAAGUACCACUGAAGCCCCCAUAACCAUAGCCAGUACAAUCACUACCAGUAUCACUAUCCCUUCAUCUUACACUAAUACACCUGUAAACAACACUGAAGGCCCUACAACCAUGACCAGUACAAAUAUGACCAGCAUCGCUAAUUUUUUGGCUUCUACAACUUCUCCUGCAAGCACUACAGAGAGUGCCUUAAUAAUUACCACUGCAACCAGUACCAGUGUCAUUAACCCUUCACUUCCCACUAAUACCCUUGCAAGAACCACAGGGGGCCUUAUAACUACAACCAGUACAAAUAUAACCAGUGUCACUCACUCUUCAACUUCCAUAAAUACCCCUGUAAGCACUCCAGACAGCACUUUAAUAAUCACAACUUCAAACAUAGCUAGUGUCACUAGCCCUUCUCUUUCAAAUAACACCUCUGUAAGGAUCACAGAGGGACUUAUAACCAUGGUCAGUACAAAAAUAACCAGUGUCACUAACCCUUCAACUUCCACUAAUACUGUUGUAAGCACUACAAGGGGCAUUGUAACCAUGGCAGCCUCAAAGACAACCAGUGUCACUAACACUUCAUCUUUCACGAACACUACUGUAAGCACCACAGAGGGCCAUACAUCCACAGAUAUGAAAAACACUACAACUAUCAUUAAUCCUUUAGCUUCUACUAAUAUUCCAGUAAGCACCACUGAGGGCCCUAUAACCGUAGGCAGUACAUACAAGAGCAGUGUCACUAACCCUUCAACUUCCAUUAAUACUGUUGUAAGUACUACAGGGGGCAUUGUAAGCAUGACAACUUCAGACACAACCAGAGUCAGUAACCCUUCAUUUUCCACUAACACUAAUGGAAGCACCACAGAGGGCCAUACAUCCACAGACACUAAAAACACUACAACUAUCAUUAAUCCUUUAGCCUCUACUAAUAUUCCAAUAAGCACCACUAAGGGCCCUAUAACCGUAGGCAGCACAUACAUGAGCAGUGUCACUAACCCUUCAUCUUCCAUUAAUACUGCUGUAAGUACUACAGGGGGCAUUGUAACCAUGGCAGCUUCAAACACAACCAGUGUCAGUAACCCUUCAUUUUCCGCUAACACUAGUGGAAGCACCACAGAGGGCCAUACAUCCACAGACAUCAAAAACACCACCACUGUCAUUAAUCCUUUAGCUUCUACUAAUAUUCCAGUAAGUACCACUAAGGGCCUUAUAACCAAAGGCAGUACAUACACAACCAGUGUCAUUAACCCUUCAACUUCCACUAAUACUGUUUUAAGCACUACGGGGGGCAUUGUCACCAUGGCAGCUUCAAACACAACCAGUGUCAUUAACCCUUCAUUUUCCACUAACACUAAUGGAAGCACCACAGAGGGCCAUACAUCCACAGACACCAAAAAUACCACCACUGUCAUUAAUCCUUUAGCUUCUACUAAUAUUCCAGUAAGCACCACUAAGGGCCUUAUAACCAUAGGCAGUACAUACAAAACCAGUGUCACUAGCCUUUCAUCUUCCACUAACACUACUAUAAGCACAACAGAAGGUCAUACAACCACAGCCAGUACAAAUACUACCAAUGUCAUUAACCCUUCAGCUUCCACUAAAACUCUAGUAAGCACCACUAAAGGUCAUCUAACCAUGACCGGUGCAAACAUAACCAGUGCCACUAGUCCUUCAACUUCUACAUAUACCCAUGUAAACACUACAGGGGGCCCUAUAACCACAACCAGUACAGAUAUAACCAGUGUCACUAACCCUUCAACUUCCAUUAAUACUGCUGUAAGCACUACAGGGGGCAUUGUAACCAUGGCAGCUUCAAACACAACCAGUGUCAGUAACCCUUCAUCUUCCACUAACACUACUGGAAGCACCACAGAGGGCCAUACAUCCACAGACACUAAAAACACUACCACUGUCAUUAAUCCUUUAGCUUCUACUAAUACUCCAGUAAGCACCACUAAGGGCCCUAUAACCGUAGGCAGUACAUACACAAGCAGUGUCACUAACCCUUCAACUUCCAUUAAUACUGUUGUAAGCACUACAGGGGGCAUUGUAACCAUGACAACUUCAAACGCAACUACUGUCAGUAAUCUUUCAUCUUCCACUAACACUACUGUAAGCACAACAGAAGGUCAUACAACCACAGCCAGUACAAAUACUACCAGUGUCAUUAACCCGUCAGCUUUCACUAAUACUCCAGUAAAAACCACUAAAGGCCAUCUAACCAUGACCAGUGCAAACAUAACGAGUGUCAUUAACCCUUCAACUUCUAUAAAUACCACUGCAAGUACUACAGAAAGCCAUUUAAUAACUACCAUUACAAAUACAACCAGUGUCACUAACUCUACAGUUUCCACUAAUAUGCCUAUAAGCACUAAAGGGGGGCCUAUAACCAUAACUAGUACAAACACUACCAGUACCAUAACCCCUUCAGUUUCCACUAAUGCUCCUGCAAGCACUACAAUCAGCCCUAUAAUUAUGACUACAAAUGCCACUAGUGUCUUUUCCCCUUCCACAACAGCAACAGCUGUAGAAACCUCCAGUUCUACCACCACAGCCUGGAUUAUGUCUACAACUAGUGGCGCUAUCAGCAUGAAUAGUACAGUGAAGUAUGCAUCUGGUUCAGCUACAUCUACAGUCAUACCAAGUAAGGCCAUCACCACAACAGAACCUCAGAGCACAACUACUUCCACAGCUUCAAGCUCUACAACCUGUGUGCCUCCUGUGAUAAAGUACAUAGUACUGGAAAAAGCCAGUAGUGAAGCUAUCCAGAUCAGCUGGGAUGUUACUGGAGGACCAAGAAAUAUUCAAUACACGGUGAUUCUUUACAACAAGACCAGGAAAGAAAUUAACCAAACAACCAUUAACACAACACGCGCAGCCUUUGAGAACUUACUUCCUGGCUAUUUCUACACUGUAGAAGUACAAGUGAUGACCUGCAGCAUUCCAAAAAGUCAAGAAAUAACUGUCAGGACAGCUAGUAAAACAUAUGAAGGAACAACUAAAAUCCUCAAUCGUGAAUAUACAUCUGAAAUGGCUAAUUCAUCAAGUGAAGCCUUCCGUAACUUCUCUACUGAAUUUAUAGAAGUGCUAAAAAACAACUUAAGUAGCGAUUUUCGGGAUUACUUUAAAAAAAAUCAGAUGCGAGUGGAAAUCAGAGAACUUCUCAAAGGCAGUGUCGUUGUUAAGUUUGAGAUUAUCACAUCUGAAAAUGUGGAUGCGACUUUACAAGACAUCUCAAAUUCCUACAUAGUUGCUCUUAACAAAAGCUCACUUUACAUUGUCAGAGAAACACAUAUAGCAGGGGCGAAUAACUGCAUAUCAGAAUUGAAUGACUGCUCUUUAAAUGCAACAUGUACAUCAAAAAUUGUCAGCUAUGACUGCCAGUGCAAGCUUGGAUUCACUGAUCUUAGUCCAUUAGUUCCUGGAAGAACCUGUAUAGAUACAGAUGAGUGUUAUGGCAGCAACACAUGUUCGAAUCUAGCCAGAUGCAUCAAUACAGUUGGUAGUUACAAAUGUGAAUGUUUCGAUGGACUAAGUGAUAUGGAUUCAUCAAACCCUGGAAGAAACUGUUCAGACCCUCUUCAAUGCUUCACCGACAGCAGUGAUCUUUGCUCAACCAGCAAUGACUGCCUCUCAUCAAAAAGUACUGUAUGUGCAUAUAAACAAGUAUUCAAAUGUGAUGCCAGGUUACCCAGCUGGAAAUUUAAUAGUUCUUACUAUAACAAAGCCAGUGAAACAUCUCAGACUCUGUCUCAACAUUUCUUUAAAGAGGUUGUCCCAGAAAUGCAGACUGCCCUGAAUGAUUCUACAUUUAAUAUUUCUGUUAGUGGAUUCCGAAAUGGAAGUGUCCGUGCUUACUUCAUGUCUUUUCUAAAUGGGCAACACACUAUUCAAUUAAAUGUACUGCAGUUUGUACUUACUAAAGUAAUAAGGGACAAUCUUGAUAAAAAUGCCACUGUAACUGUGCAAGAAAUAAGUGCAAGUGCCACAUCACCCAAGGGAGACGACCAAAACCCUGCCUGGAGAAUUGCCGUGAUAGUGCUAGGAGUCUUGUUUGGCGCAGCACUAUUAACUAUAUUAGUGAUUCUGGUGAUCAGCAUUUUGCUUAAGAGGAGGGCUGGAAGCUAUACAUUUAAGCCAACUGGAGUCAUGGGAAAUUUUGCCUAUCAGUAUAUAUAGAAAUAAACCCUGGUAUAUUUAAAGUGGAUCUAUUUUUAUUUAUUUACCUAUCUCAGGACAUUUUUGAGGCAUGAAUGUGUCAAUGGACCUAAUGUGCCAUCUGUUUUAUUCAAGGCAACAGAACAAACACAGUUUCUAUAAAAGCAUUUUAAAUGCUGAUCUUUAUUUGUUCGUAUUGUGCUGCCUUUGGUCAAGUUUUGCACGACGCUCCCAGUUUACUUGAAUUUAUCGAAAUUGCAACAUUAAAUGUUGCCUAAAAGGAAGAUGACAUGUGGAUUUAUUAGACAAUUAAAAGAACUCUAAUGAAGACAAAUCAGAAAAGCUAAGAGUUAAACAUAGAAUUUGUCUGCACAAUUUUCUCAGGAGCAGUUAUGUAUCUGCAUGUGAGAAGGCAGUGGGCUAAGAGAAGAAUUCUUUAAAAAGAACAUUUGCCAACACCAUUUUCUCAUUUCAGAGCUUUUACAAAAUCUACUACUAAGGGAAUGCACAGCAAUAGUAAGUACUUCUCAAGGGAAAGCCCCUACACCCCUCAACCCACCUCACUCCAGGCUGCUGGAACAAAAGACCCAAUUACUUUGAAGAUGAGUAAACGCAGAGCAAGAACAUUUAAAGGAGAGUAUGGAUAGUAAGCAUAACCUCUCACCAGCAUUUUCUUUCUAUGGUGCCUUGGAAAUGUUGUUUCUGAAUAAUCCAAGACUCAUAUAAAUGCACUCUACAAAACCAAAUUAGAAGAGGUGACUUUUGGAAGAAUGGUUCCUGGCAAACAUUAGCUUCUGAGUUUGUUUGUAGAUAAUAUAUAUAUACAGAAGCCUCAAAAGUGUAUCAGCAUGUCUAUAAUCAGGUGGUCUACAUGUUGACUGAUUAUUCAACAUAUAAACUUUAUUGCUUGGGUAUUAAUUGCACAGUCAAACAUCAUUAAAUCUAUGACCAGCAACUUCUUUUUUCAACUUCUUUUGUUGCCUACUAAAACGCCACUAUACUUUUAAAAGAAAUGCAACAAUAUUGAUUGAAAAUGGUUUGUAUAAUUUUUUUUGUAUCUGUAUAUAUGAAUACAGGAGGGAGACAAAGGACAAAAAGAAGAAAAAAUAAAAGGGAUAUACAGGCAAAUGUGUAACCACAGUAACAUCACAGCUUUUACAUGAACAGCAAAGUUAUUACCUGGUUUUGUGCAAUCUGUCAUUCAGAUUUUCUUUUUAAAGAGACAUGUUUACUCUCUUCAUUUAAAAAUCUGGUAAAGCUGUGUGUAUAACUGCCAACUCAGCAUUUGCAUCUUCUUUGAAGUGUUCAUUCCAAGGGAAGAUGUUUAAAUAUAGACAUACAUUACAUCUAAUCUAUCCUUUUCCAUAGUUCUCCUGUAGUUGCAUUUCAUAGUCUUACUAUAUGAGGAAUGCCAAUAUCCAGUUACAUAUGAUAAAAAACACUGUUAAUGUCAUUGCUUCAAGGAAAGGGAGAACAAUAAGUUGAUUUCUGUGACAAGGAAACAGCUGUUAAAUUGAAAUUACAUUAGCAGCUUAACCUGUUUACAAGUAUCGUACAGACUGUCAGAAUGGUAUUUCUUACCAUAGAUAUGUGUUAAAUAUUUGACAUGAAAUUAUAUAUUAUUACAAUUAAAAUGUCUGCUUGCAGAAAUUAUACCACAUUAGAAACACUACAUAUGUUUAAUUUAGCUCAGGCUGGACUGCAAUUAUUUCAGACAGAGUGAGAGACUGACUGUCAAUGUCUUCAAACAAUUUUGAUGGUCAUUUGAAAGAAAAAAGUUGAUGAUGUCAUACAAUAAUGUUCUUAUGACAUCUUCCUUGCUAUUACUUUUAUUGAGUCCAUAGCACUGCAGUAGUAUAAUUUCAGACAACAGCAUUCAGAAUUAAACUCCAUUAAGAAAAAUAUAACCAACUAAAAUCCUAAACCAAACCUUGGAGCGCUUUAAGAAACUGUUUUAUACACUAAUAUGUUAAUUCAAUAGUGGGGUCAUCAUUUUCUUCUUGGAACUACUUAUGAAUGCACUUUUAAUUUAACAAUGUAAAAAUCUAAACAUGAUAAUUGAAAUACACUGCUUAAACACAGCUGCUUAACCAUUUGCUUUUCACUUUGAAUAAUUCAAUAUGCUUGUACACUUACUAACUCGUGAAACACAGGACAAAACAAUUUUCAAAGCUGAUUAACCUGGUCACAAAAAGAUUUCUUCUAUCAACAUAGAUGCAAUGAAACUAAACAAAAAAAAAAUCAGCUAUGAAGGGGAAGCUGUUUUCUUCUAUGUUAAAAGAAUUUUGCAUAUAAGCUGUUUGUGUCAUAUAUUGCUACUGACUAAUAAAUCAUUAUAUAUGAA